ACUGUUUCUCAUAAGUACCUCGCAUUAGGGUUGAGGGCAAAGAACUUUUUUUUUCUCUUCCCACUUAAUAAUUCCUGGGGACAGCUCCGUCAACGGUAACAAGAUGCUGACUCUCGCUCCUGGUUCUGUGUGCGACGUCUGCGCUGAGGAGUACGGUCCCCAAUGUCUUCCCCACUCGAUUCCCUGUGGUCAUGUUCUGUGCGCGAGCUGCAGUACUACUAUUGCAGAGAAGACACCUUCAAGGCUCAAGCCUGUUUGUCCCUUCUGUCGCGAAGAAUUCACGGCCAACGACAUUCGUUUAAUACGCACGGAUUUCAGCUCGGGUAGUUCGAGUGGGUGGACUAUGCCACGACGCUUUCCUCCCCCAAUGGAGGCCAGCAAGAGUGAUUCUGCUACCGACUUGUGGGCGCGUAAGGCUGAGAGGUUUUUGCUUUCCGACAUAGGUUGCUCGAGAACUCGUGAGGAGGCCCGAAGACUCGAGGACAAAGUCGCCAAGGUCGCGAAUAAAAAGUGUUCUGUGGAAGAGGUCUCUACUCUCCACAAGGAACUGGAGGAAUGGUUGACGUCUGCCGUCAAGUCUGGAGAUCAAACUUCCUCGCUGUACCUCAGUGCUGCUCUUCUACGCGCUAUUCUAAUGAAUCAUGUAGCGCAUUCCGAAGCCAGUAAGACUGCAAAGCACACUGAAAACAGCCUCAAAGGCAAGCUUGACGACAUGGAGAUCUCGAUGGGUAAGCUAGAAGCUGAGCUCCGCCGACAACGCGAACAGUACUCCCAAAAAUCGCAUGAAUGCGAGAAACUGCGGACGGAGCUCAGCCGCUUCAAAGGUGUAUCACCGCUUUCCUCGUCGUACACAGCAUCUCCGCCACGCUUCCAAAGCCCGGCCUCCCCGACACCACCGGCGACACCUACGCCAUCAUCCACUACCACUUACAGUCCUUCUGGGAAUUCCCCUCUUUCACGCUACAACUCGCUUCACAUGAGGUCCUCCUCCAUGAGCGCCUCUUCACGACCUGUUACGCCUGCUCAGCCUGUACGAUCUCACACGCCCUUGAUACGAUCCCAAACGCCCUCUGUACGAUCCCAGACGCCUUCAGUACGAUCCCAUACUCCGGCACCCCCGGUGCCCGCUCUACCUCGCUCUGCGAUACCAACCGCCGUCUCUCGGUCCCAGACCCCCGCACCACCCAAACCACCCAAACCCCGCCGCUUAUCCCAAUCUUCACCCCCAAAAAUGGUCCGCUCCCUCUCGGAAGAGAAGCAGGAGAUGCAUGAGCGUUGGAUCCCCCCAACGCAAGAGGACCUUGAUGCGUAUCCCAUUCAUCAUCCAUUGAAGUAUUCUUCGACGCGGUAUACAAACUCGCGCUUAAGGGAUCUCCGCUCACCCUCUCCAGGGUAGUUAAUUGACCAAACGCAUCUGCUUCUGGAAGCCCAGACAUUGCAUUGCAUUCCAUAGGACUCUGUUUACGCUAAUACUUGCUGUUAGUUUUUUUCUUCUCAUCGUUGCUUUCUUCCAAUUUUUAGUAUAUCUCUUUCUUGCUGUGUUUUUCCUUUUUUUGCUUGUACCCGUCCUGGAUCAUACAUACAUAUACCUCGUUGCUGGCCUUCGUUCGCUUCUGCACAUAGUAUUACCAUCCGUUUUCACUAAUAAUCGAAUGACUACUUUUAUCUUUCCGUACAGUCAUUCGUUUU